AUGAUAUCUUCGCAAUGCAGCACCAGUGAAACCACAAGUUCCAUGUCAUCAUCAUCGACUACGAGAACGAAUAACGAAUCGUUGAUGCUUUCUCCUCCACGAGAGAACAAGCAAAGAAGACGUCUUGUGAAAACAAGUGAUCAAUCUCGGAGAAAGGAACCACAAAAUUCUACAUCAUCAUCAACAUCGGGAUCAUCAAAACCUAAACUAGUUCUCAAAAGAAAGAAGAAUCAAAAUAAUGCAGAAUCAUCUACAAGUGCAUCAUCAAAGAAACUGAAGCGUUCUAUUGAGGAUAAUGGUGAUGAUAUCGCUCAACUAUUACAUGACGAUGAAACUUGUAAGGAAAAUAGAAGGCCACAAAAUGGAAAAACCACUGCUGCUUCAUCAUCAUCCGAAUCUGAAACAUGUAUUAUUUGCUUGUGCGAAAUGUCCUAUCCAUUGGCUAAGCUUAAUCAUUGUACCCAUAAAUUUUGUCAUGCAUGUAUUGACAUGUGGAGAAAGAAAUCGAAUACAUGUCCUGUAUGUAAGGCUCGCUUCACAUCUUUGCGAGUUUUUGACAGCAAGGAAUCAAGCACCUACAAGGUAAUUCCAGUCCGAAAGAAGGUAUUUGAAAUAACGCCUGAGGAAAUGGUCAAUGGGUUCUAUAGAAAUGAACGAGAUGACUAUGAUGAUGAGGAGGAGGAGGAUGAAACAUUUAUCAAUGAUCAUGAUGAAUUUGAUGGAUUUAUUGAUGAGAAUGGAGACUUAUAUUUGGGUGAAGCACAAGAGGAUCCUCGGUUUUCGUUGCAAAGACGAGGAAAUGGCGAUAUAGAACCAGAGAAUUCAGAAGAUGAAGAAGACGACGAUGCCAAUGCUAGUGAUGCGGAUGAGCAUGGAAAUUUAGCUGGAUUUGUAGAAGUAGAUCCAAAUGCUUUACAUACCAAUGAUGACGAAAGCUUUGUUUUGAAUGAUGAUGAAGAGGAUGAAGAAGAUUUUGAACUUUCUCAAGUGUCACUUGUCGAUGAGCAUGAUUCGUCCAUUGUGGCAACACCUGAGAGAGCUAGGAGUGCAUCCCCAUUCAGAAGAAGGCCAAACCAUCCACCUCAUGUGAUUGAUAUUUCUUCACCCAAUGAGAAUGCAGCCAGAAAAACUACAGCUAGGGGUAGGGUCAUUAAUAUUGAGGAAGAGGAAAAUGAAGAGGACGAAGUCAUUGAAGAUGAUGUCACGGAAGUGAUUGACCCGAAUGAAAUUCAGGAAAUUAUUGAAAUUUUGUAA